ACGCAGACUGCUUCUACAAACAUUUGUGGAAGACUGUGGAAUAAGUCCAUCCAUGAAAUUUACUUGCAACUAAAUAUUCCACGGUCAACUGCUAGUGAUGUUAUAACAAAGUGGAAGCAACUGGGAACAACAGCAACCCAGCCACAAAGUGGUGGGCCACAUAAAAUGACAGAGUGGGGUCAGGGUAUGCUGAAGCGCACAGUGCGCAGAAGUCACCAACUGUCUGCAGAGUCAAUAGCUAAAGACCUCCAAACUUCAUGUGGCCUUCAGAUUAUCACAACAACAGUGAGGAAUCACGCU